AAUUAGAAAUUCACUCGCCCAAGAUCUCAAAUAAUCUGAACCCUACUUCCGCUUGUAUUACUGUUUCUUUCCAAUUCAUCCGAUCUACUCCGUAUAUCUCUUCAGCGCUCUAUCUCACCCAGACAGUCGUACGCUAUAUUGUGCUUGCAGUUUCCAUCUCCGCUUCCCCUAGGUCGGAAGCAGUCUACACCACGGCCGUUCGUCUAGUAUCCUGAGGUUUUUGAAAAUGGCUAAUUUUGCUAAGCCUGAGAAUGCUUUAAAGCGAGCUGAAGAGUUGAUCAAUGUUGGUCAAAAACAAGAAGCCCUACAGUCUCUUCAUGAUCUCAUCACCUCAAGGAGGUACAGGGCAUGGCAAAAGUCACAUGAGAGAAUAAUGUUCAAGUAUGUGGAGCUGUGUGUUGACAUGAGAAGAGGAAGAUUUGCCAAAGAUGGUCUAAUUCAGUAUCGUAUUUGCUGCCAGCAAGUUAAUAUUAACUCAUUGGAAGAGGUUAUAAAACAUUUUUUGCAUCUUGCCACUGAGAGAGCUGAGUUGGCACGCACUCAGGCACAGGCUCUAGAGGAAGCUUUGGAUGUGGAUGAUUUGGAAGCAGAAAAGAGGCCUGAAGAUUUGAUGUUGAGUUAUGUGAGUGGAGAGAAGGGGAAAGAUCGAUCGGAUCGUGAGCUAGUCACUCCUUGGUUUAAAUUUUUAUGGGAAACAUAUAGAACUGUGCUUGAAAUCUUGCGAAACAAUUCUAGGCUUGAAUCUUUGUACGCUAUGACAGCACACCGGGCCUUCCAGUUUUGCAAGCAGUACAAACGAACAACUGAGUUUCGUCGUUUAUGUGAGAUCAUUAGAAACCAUCUUGCAAAUCUAAACAAAUACAGAGACCAGAGAGACCGCCCCGAUCUGUCUGCUCCAGAAAGUUUGCAGCUAUACUUGGACACAAGAUUUGAGCAGCUAAAAGUUGCCACUGAGCUUGGUCUUUGGCAGGAAGCAUUCCGCUCUAUUGAAGACAUUUAUGGACUGAUGUGCCUUGUUAAGAAAAUCCCUAAAACAUCAUUGUUGGCUAUUUACUAUGCUAAGCUUACUGAGAUAUUUUGGAUUUCAUCCAAUCACCUCUAUCAUGCUUAUGGAUGGCUAAAGCUUUUCUCCCUACAAAAAAGUUUCAACAAGAACUUUAGCCAGAAAGAUUUGCAGUUGAUAGCAUCAUCUGUUGUUUUAGCAGCACUAUCAGUGCCACCCUAUGACAAUUCAUAUGGUGCAUCUCAUUUGGAGCUUGAAAAUGAGAAAGAGAGGAGUUUCCGUUUAGCUAAUUUGAUUGGAUUUGAUAUUGAGCCAAAAGCUGAGAGCAGAGAAGUGCUUUCCCGUUCAUCGCUUCUGUCAGAAUUGGUUUCCAAAGGUGUAAUGACAUGUGUUACACAAGAAGUGAAAGAUCUUUACCAUGUUCUAGAGAAUGAGUUUCUUCCUUUGGAUCUGGCACUGAAAGCACAACCUUUAUUGAUCAAAAUCUCAAAGCUUGGCGGUAAACUAUCAUCAGCUUCUUCUGUUCCUGAGGUGCAAUUGUCUCAAUAUGUUCCAUCUUUGGAGAAAAAUGUCACUCUGAGAUUGCUGCAGCAGGUGUCUCAAGUGUAUCAAACAAUACAGAUUGACAACUUAUCUAGAAUGAUUCCUUUCUUUGACUUCACUGCUGUUGAAAAGAUUUCGGUGGAUGCUGUUAAGCAUAACUUUGUGGCCAUUAAAAUUGAUCACAUGAAGAGUGCUGUAUUCUUUGGCAAACAGAGUAUUGAAUCAGAAGGCCUUCGAGAUCACCUGUCUGCUUUGGUAGAAUCUUUGAGGAAAGCAAGUGUAAUGAUCUAUCCUCCAACAGAAAAGGCUGCAAAACAUGGAGAGACACUUUCAGAUUUGACUGAAGUAGUUGAGAAGGAACACAAGAGACUUCUUGCUCGGAAGUCUAUAAUUGAGAAGCGCAAGGAAGAUCAAGAGCGGUUGCUAUUGGAAAAGGAACGUGAGGAAGAGUCAAAAAGACUAAAACAACAAAAAAUCACUGAAGAGGCUGAGCAGAGAAGGCUUGCUGCUGAGUUUGAGGAGCGAAAGAAUCAAAGAAUUCUAAGGGAAAUUCAAGAGAGAGAGAGGGAAGAGGCCCAAGCUAAACUGGAUGAAUCUCAAAAAGGCACUAAGAAGAAAGGGAAAAAAACAAUACUAGAGGGAGAAAACAUAACUAAACAGACUGUGAUGGAAUAUGUUCUGAGCGAGCAACUCAGGGAGAGACAAGAGAUGGAGAAAAAACUGCAAAAGCUUGCCAAAACUAUGGAUUAUUUGGAGAGAGCUAAAAGAGAAGAAGCAGCACCAUUGAUACAAGCUGCUUUUCAACAGCGGUUGGAAGAAGAGGCUGCUCUUCAUGAACGUGAACAACAGCAAGAGGUUGAAAUUAGCCGGCAACGUCAUACAGGUGAUGUUUUAGAAAAGAGGAGGCUGAGUCGCAUGAUGGUGAACAAGGAAACUUUUCAAGCAAGAGUUGUCAGUCAUAGAGAGGCUGAACACAGUAGAAUGAGAAGGGAGAGGGAGGAACGAAUCAAUCAGAUUAUUCAGGCACGGAAGCAGGAGAGGGAGGCUAAGAGAAAGAUGAUUUUCUUUUUAAAAUCUGAAGAGGAGCGUCUGAAUAAGUUGCGCGAAGAAGAGGAAGCUCGUAAGUGUGAAGAAACAGAGAGGCGUAAGAAAGAAGAAGCCGAGCGCAAGGCCAAACUGGAUGAGAUGGCGGAAAAGCAGAGGCAAAGGGAGCUUGAGCUCGAAGAAAAGGAGAGGAAACGGAAAGAAGAGCUCUUGGGGAAGUCGGUGGCUGUUCCAGCUAGACCUAUUGAGUCAUUAGCCCGUCCUCAAGAAGUUGGACCCACUGCUCCUGCAGCAGCAGCAGCUGUGCCAGCACCUACAAAUAAGUAUGUGCCCAAGUUUAAGCAGAGGAUGGUUGAGGGUGCUGCCCAGGCUCCUCCUGCUGAAACUGAUAGAUGGGGUGGCAACAGGCUAGACGAUAGCCGGGGACAUUCUGAUAGGUGGCGGGAAGAUCGUGACCGGAAACCCUUUAGUGCUGGAUCAAGGUCUGGAACAUGGUCAUCCUCUAGGAACCGUGCGUAAAGCUGAAGAUCCAUGCUUUGACUUUGACGUCAGCAGUAUGUGAAUUUGAGUCAGACCUUCCACCAAGUCAUAAAUCGAGUUCUAGAAAUCUGUCUUUUUAUGCAAGCAUUUCAAGAAUUAUAAAUUAUUGAAUUGUUUAUGUCCAAGUCCCGAUUUGAAUAGCGAGCGUUAUUUUUCAUUAGUUAUAUAAGCCUUUUAUUGGUACUUGGACUCGUGUUCUUGGUUUGAAAUUUUUUGUAAGUUUUUUUGGGAUUACACUUAAAAGAUAGUUCGUUUCAUUACAGUGUCGUUCUAAAUUCUAAUAAUUUUUCACUGGGUCAA